AUGUUGUUAAUCGAGCACCAGGCAAAUUCAAUCCAAAUAGUAGAUUGUGCCGGUUGUGUCUCUCUGCUAUAUAACUACGCACACAAGUCAUUUGUUGCUUAUACGAAGCUUCUUGAUUUGCAUGAUUGCUUCCCGGCAAUGCAAGAACCCAAGAGUACCAUGGUGUUCAGCUUCAGUUGCUCGGCAAAUAGAAGACUGCCAUGGAUCUUGGCUUUGCUGCUCAUGAUGACUCGAGGCGAUGGCCAGUCUACUUCGGGGUUUGUAAGCAUAGAUUGUGGAUUCACAAACGCUAGUCCCUACAAGGACAGCACCACGGGACUCAUGUUCCUUCCUGAUCUUAAAUUUGUUGAAGGCGGUGUGAGCAACAAUAUUUCAGCAGCAUUCAUGGCUGAUGCCCCAUAUGAGAACCAAAAAACCUUGAGGAGCUUCCCUCAUGGCAAACGGAAUUGCUACACACUGCCAUCGACAAUUGGGAAGAAGUUUUUGUUGAGGACUAUGUUUACUUAUGGCAACUACGAUGGGUUGAACAGGAGUAUGGACGGGUCGCCUUUUCUGUUCGGGCUCCAUAUUGGCGUCAACUUCUGGGAUACGGUGAACUUAACAAAUAUGGAUCCAUCGAUCACGGAUUGGAAGGAGGUACUCACCAUUGCUCCGAGCAACUCCGUAUCCAUCUGUCUGAUACACUUUGGUUCAGGGACUUCGUUCGUGUCUUCCUUGGAGCUGAGGCCACUACUAGAUCCGAUGUACCCUUUUGUGAAUACAAGGGUAUCAGUCGGCUACUUUAGACGAAUCAGAUUUGGCAAUGCCACUGAAUAUAUCACAAGAUAUCCAGUGGACCCUUACGACCAGUUUUGGGAGGGCUGGUCUUUCUCCUACAGCUCCUACCCCUGGAUUAGCCUCAGCACUAGCAACAAAGUGGAGAUUCUCCCAGGAGACGACUACUUCAAUGUGCCGAUGGCCAUCUUCCAGAAGGCCACGACCCUAGACCCAAACUACUCCUUCAUGAGCCUCGGCAUGGCAAAGGGUCCUAAUUGGGACCCUGAGAGCGUCCGCCUUCUCCCGAUCUUCCACUUCGCUGAAAUCAAUGGCAGCAACCCAAACAGAAGGUUCGACAUCUACAAUGAAGGCGAUUUGCUGCACCGGGGCUUCUCCCCGUCGCUUUUACAGGCCAACAGCUUGCACGAUAGCGGGCGGUUCUUGUAUAAUGGCAACGCAUUGUACACCCUGAAUAAGACGCGCAGCUCGGUCCUGCCCCCGCUCAUCAACGCGCUUGAGGUGUACUCGCUCAUUCGGAUGGAAAACUUCACCACUGACUCCGAGGAUGUCAAUUACAUGAAAGAAGUCAAGAAACACUACAAUUUGGCACGAAUAAACUGGAAUGGAGAUCCAUGCUCCCCAAGAGAGUAUUCCUGGGAAGAUUUGACUUGCGACUACUCUAAGAGCAACCAGAGUCUGAGGAUUGUCGCAGUAAAUCUGUCUACCAGCGGACUGAAAGGUGGAUUAACCAUAUCAUUCAUGAACAUGUCAUCACUGGAAAGCCUGGAUUUGUCGCACAACAAUUUGACAGGAGGUAUUCCUGACUACCAAAUAAAGUCAAUGAAAGUUCUCGAUUUGUCAUAUAACCAGCUCGAGGGACCAAUCCCUCAUUCUAUUCUUCAAAGAUAUCAAGCCGGUCUGCUUGACUUAAGGUUCGCAUGCUAUGUUGCACAAUCAUUUUGUUUUAAGUUUUAA